AGGAGGAUCAACCAGACACCACAGAAGAUUUAUCUAAAAUUGCGUCAUCUCAGUGGCUCCUUCUUCCGCGUACCUGCCGACAAAUCUGAGGAAAAUCUCAUCAAGCAAUACUACCAGCCCGUGGCUUCAUACAGGACCAUCAAGUUUAAUAGGUUUACGCUGAGUGACGUGAAGGAAUGCAAGAAAAGGAAAGACAAGAACACAGGUGAAAAAUGGCAUUUAAAUUAAACGUCAGGAUAUUUAUCUGACAAUUUGUAGUUGGCGGUAUACUAAGGGGAGGUGGAUUAUGAUCGACGUUCGGUAGUGGUGCAUCAGUUAUUUGGUGAACAUGCGAAUUUGACAUGUACGUCAAUUUAAGCGACAUGAAGCUGAGCUAAUUUUAAUAGUUAUAUUAUUUUAGUGUAUACACUCUCAGAAUUAUUAACACCAAGACGAUUACUUUUUUCCUGCCAGAAUCAUAUUGUGUUACCGAGGAUGACUCUCGCUUGGUAGCAAUGUGUAAUCACGUCUUGAACAAGCGAGGAAGUCACAGUAAAGACGCUUUGCUGGGGAUGGAGGAAUGCCAAAGCCCGUUUGGUAUUUACGAGCUGAAGAUACCAGUGGACAAAGAUCUGGCGUGUGAUGCAAAUAGAUUUACAACCACGAACUGCAAAGAUCUUGAUGUUAGUAGCUUCCUUAGCCAUAGUAUUUUGACAUUCCACAAUGUAUAUUAUAGCGCGCUCAGGUUUUAA